GGAACGUUACACGUUUAGAUAUUUUAAUUAACGACUGAUUGGCAUCCUUUGCUUCGUAUAACGCGGUGUUUCUUAGACACCUAACGGCCGUGUUAUACUCUGUUUCAUUCGAAGUUUACGCGAUCUCUACCUCACUUCACCGUGUUCGUUUUUUUCAAACGUCAGGCCAGGAGAAUUACGUAGGAGGAGUAUUUCAUAACGAGACCAUUUGCAUUGUUCCGCUUACCUGGCAUUUUUAAUAAAUGAUGAUAAGAAAACGGUACCCGCGUUUAAUACAGCCCACCAUUUACAUUCUUUUUACGUAUUCCCCCUUUCUUUCAUUCUUUUUUUUUUUUACCGACUGUCCCACUAGAGAAGGUACCCUCAUUUCCUUCCUACAAAAUUGUACCGUUGUAUGCAAAAAGGGUCUUACGAUUAACGUUGCAGGUUAAUUUAGUUUCUUUCGUAUGCAGUAAAAAUUGGAAGAUUGAGGGCAUAGGUAGAAAAGAACAGCGAAUCUAAUUGUGCGUUUUAUGCAAAAUGGGCCCUCGGUGUCCUGAGGCCGUUCUCGCAUCCAACAGUACUAUUACGCGUAUUAACUCUUUCUGUGGAACGCACUCAAAACGUUUCAAUGGAAACCAGCCCCGUCAACGAGCACGUUUCAAUUACGAGAUCCGUUCUUUUGAAAAUAUCAUGGUAACCGGUAAUCACGACCAUCCAAGAACGACGAAAAUGAAAAAGAACAAUGCGUCUUUCCGUAUUGAAUAUGAAAUUUGUAUGCGAAAAUUAAAACGUCGAGGGAAAAUCUGAUAGACGAAACAUUCUUUAAUUUUCAACUUGCAUUUUUACCCGGUUUAUUUCCGUUAUCACAACACGCAUUAGCAUUACACGAUAUAAUCUCGCUUCGCUUCGGAAGUGGUAGCCGAGCUUUCUUCUUUUCAGUGUUUAAUUUCACGAUUUACUUGAAACAAUUGCGCGUUCAGCGGCUCGGCAAAGGUCGAAUAUACAACUCCGUGUCGGAGGUCUAUUUGUUUUAUCUAGCCUGUAGCGGCAACCUGCUCCCGCAUUAUUUUGACAAUAACGCCGUGCAACCACGCGAAGCAGACACAACUAUAUAGCUAAUUUAUGCAAAAUGCAACCUUUCGUAUGCUCGCCCACGGCCAUGUAACGUGAGCGGUGCUCAUUACAUUAUAACAAAAUAAUAUUUAACGAUUGUAAUUGACCGUAACUACGAGUUGAAUCUGAUAUAAAACGAAGAAAAAUCGAAUUACGCGUGACGCGUCGAUUUGCAUAUAUCGCGCCUCGCACAUUCCCCUUCGAUCGUUGCGUCACGGUUAAAUGGAUUCGUUAAGUAAUUAUCGUUGUUCGGAAUUUCAUGGGAAAAAUAUCAGUUAAAUCCCUUUUACGAUUAUUACGGAGUUUCAAAAAUUGUAGAAUCGUUCGUCGAGCGUUUUAUCGAACGAUCGAUAUAAAUCGAUGUACGUCCAGUCGAUAAUGUUUCCCGCGUUUUUUCCAAGUCACGUGACCCGCUCGAUCGAGAUAUUCAGUUUUCGUAUGCGCAGCGCAGUUGCGCAUAGCGCCAACACCGUUACGGAACGGUUUUGCUGUCAGUUUCUAUUCGGCGGUUAAUCAAACCACGUUCAUUUUCCACGCUCGAACGGUAUUUAUAAUCUGCCUUUCAAAACAAGCCCCGAAGCUUCGCGUUCGCUUUCCGUCUUCCGGUUGCCUUUCAAUGCUAGCCGAAGCAUGGUUUCCGAUUUUACGAUGGGACGCUGCCGCUCGUUUUAUCUCUGGUCAUUGAACCUCUACUUCGGAGAACACAGCGAGUCUAUGUUCCGAGUUGUUUUUCCUUCGUUUUUCUUUCGGUUUUUACACGGUAGUGCAUGACGAUUGACCGGAUUUGAAACAUUGUGUUAUGUGUGUGUUCACCGAACCUGUUCGUGCUCUUCGUGAUCGGCGUUUUCGACUUAACCACGCAAGGUGGUGAACGUCUUCAUACUUCAUUGGAUACUGAAACGUUUCAAUAAAUACAGUAAGGUCGCAGCGUAGCCGGGAGGAUGUGAUGGAGGAUGCGAAGAAGAGGAACGCGUGAGAUCGUGAUCGCCCGAAGAUGGCCGCGACGUCGGUUGCUCUCGUUUCAACGUGAUCCCUGGAGGCAAGCAGGCAACACGAGGGAGGGACCGAGGGAUGCAUUGAGAGCUCCCGAACGGCGGCGAGCAUCAGAGAGAGAAGCAGAGCCAGCCGAAAGAAGCGAUGGAGGAUGUACGAGGUUCACCUGCGCGUCGCCUCUCGCAGCUCCUCGACCCGAUCCAAAGGCUGGCCACCGAUUUCGGCUCAAACUCGGCCCCUUGUAGCCCGAGGCUCGGUGUGCGUGCUCACGAGCCGAGUUCCGCGGGCAUCGGUCAAGCUGGCGGAGCCGAAAGCAGUCGAAGACAGCAGCAGCAAGCCGGGCCGGAAUCGAGUCGUGGCAAGGCUGGCGGAGCCGAGAGUCCUCGAUUAUGGCCGCGCCAGUUUCGUCAAGCUCCAGCACCACCGCCCCGACCCAGACACGCCAACAAUGCCAACAACAAUAACAACAACAACAACAACGUCGCCUCGGCCUCGGCCUCGGCAAGUCUUCAGGCGCCUGUGCACAACAGGGACUCGCCGUACGUGAACGUUCCAAACCUGUUGUUCCAAAAGGACAAAGGAUUCGCGGAGGCCGCGAGAAGCGCGGGAUACGUCGAGCUCAGGGACACGAAGCCAAAGUGUAGCCCGUACGAUUUUACGUCAGACUCGAGCGGACACGUCGAGUACACGGACAAACGAACGUACGCAGCGCAGACCGACUUGGACGCGAGCGCAAGCUGCUACGACAGCAAGGAUCUCGCCUCGGUAGCUAGGUCCAGGUCGAAUUUUGAUCCCGGACCAGCGUCACGGGGACAUUUCGAUCGAGCCUACUCGUUCUCGGGAAGGCAACCGGAUCAAGCUGGUAGAUUGUUCGCGGAAAAUCGGUUGUACGUGGAAUCGAGAAGCGUGGCGGUUGCGGCAGCGGCAGCGGCAGCGGCUGCUGUGGUUACCUCGGACCCGAAGAAGGAGAAGCUCGAGAGCAGACCCGCUUACGGUUCCUCCAAGAGCUUCGAUGGAUACUCGAGCGCCGUGGAGGAGCUUAAUUGGCAGGAGAGGUGCCUCGAGCUGCAACUCGAGCUGCACAGAAGCAGAAGCCAGGCCACCAGGGUGCGAGACAUGCUUCGCGAGAAGCUGUCGGAGCUCGAGCAGCGGGUCUUAGAAGCCGAGGGCCGAGCUGACGAGGCGGAGGACAAGGUACGGAUGAUGGAGGAGCGGCUAGUGAAGGGUGAAUACUGCUUGAGCACAUCCGGCGUUGGCUCUCCACCGCAUUCGCUGCCGUCAACUUCCGGUACGCAGAAUGACAAGAUCGAGGACGUUCAUUGUGCUUGCAUCUCGAAGCUAGAGACACAGGUAGAGGAACAGAGACAGUUGCGGCUUCAAGACGCGAGGCAGGUAGAGGCAAAAGCCGCGAGGAUUAAGGAAUGGGUGACCAAUAAACUAAGGGAAUUGGAGCAACAGAAUCAACACUUGAGGGAGCAGAACAACAAAUGCAAUCAACAAUUGGAGCUAUUGAGAAAUCAUAUAACAAAUAUCGGCCUGAAACCACCUGCACCCACGAGAACCUCCUUGUCCCUGGAAGUAGACUCAACGUUACGCAGACGAUCGGAGAGCCUAGAGGGAACACCACAGGCGGUACCGGAAAGCGUGCAAAGUGCCGUAGCGGAGCCACAAGCAGGCACGAAACACCGGAGACACCUGUCCGCUUGUGGGACCAUACAACGAGGAAUCGCUACCACCAACAUGGAUUCAAGCCUACUGUCUGAAGAGCUCGCGGCGGCGGUGGAGAAUCUGGUGAUGUUGCCAAACAUACCAGGUGUCUCGGAAACGAGCAGAGAUAGCGGAAGCUCGGAAGCUAUACACGAUUACGCGGAGAUCUACACGCCUAGCAGGGAAGGGAUGAAUUGGGCUCAGAAUGCACAGGCUCCUCGACCACCCACCCCGCCCUUACACCGAUUUCCCAGUUGGGAGGCAAAGAUUUAUCAGGUAGCAGACGGCGGGCUUGGCAUUGGUCCACCGACAAACGAGGAAUCCGCGCCUUCCACGAUGACCAACACGACAAGCUCGUCGAAACAUUCCCAAGCAACAGGACACAACUUGACUGCGCACAAUUCCCAAGGCUACUGCGAUAUUUCGGUUCCAGUGUACGCAACGGUCAAGGGACGAGCCAGUCAAAUCAGGUCCAUGCCCUUUGGCGACAGUUCUGACGAUAGUUCAGACGGUGAAGAACAUCCGAAUCAAACAGAGACCAACACGAGAAUUACCAAUAGUUCCUCGGAUAACACGGACUCCUCGCUUGGCAGCGGAAGUAGUCCAUCGAAAAGCGUGAAAACCACCAGCAGUCUUAGUCCAGCGAAGAGAAGUUCCAGCGGUUCUCCCAGUAAAAGUGUGAAACGUGAUACCUCGUUGGAAUCUGGUCUGUCGGAAGACUACGCGAUACCUCCUGACGCCCUUAGCUCAACCUCCCUCGAAUCUAGUAUGCCUAGCUUGCUGAUGCGUGUCUCUGGCGAGAGUCCAAAACGCCAAGAAUCUCUAGAAAAGACUGGCCACCUCGCGAAACUUGGUGGCAAACUGAAAACGUGGAGGAAAAGGUGGUUCGUGUUGAAGAACGGAGUUCUCACCUAUUGGAAGAGUCAGAACGAUGUGAAUCGGAAACCGCAAGGGCAAAUCGUGUUGGACGAAGUGUGCAGGGUGGCGUUUUCUAAUAGGAUAAACAGGGCAGAAGGCGCGGCUACGUUCGAGAUAGCAACAGGCAAGAAAACGUAUUAUUUAACAGCGGACUGUAUAGCGACGAUGGAAGACUGGAUAAGAGUUCUCCAGAACGUACAGAGGCGGAACGCGACGAAGCUUUUGCUCAGCAAAGAGGAUAAUAAACCGACGAUACAAGGCUGGUUGACAAAGGUGAAGAACGGGCAUGCUAAGAAGUGCUGGUGCGUCCUCAUCGGAAAAAUGUUCCUUUACUUUAAGUGCCCUAACGAUACGAAUCCUAUUGGACAAAUAAACAUGAGAGACGCGAGAGUGGAAGAGGUAGAGCAUGUAUCCGACAGCGACAGCGAGGAAAGGGACGCCGAGUGUCCUCACGAAAGGACGAUCGGCAUCUUUCCAACUCAUCAAGGUCCUACGUAUUUGUUGAUGCCUCACAAACAGGAAAAAGACAAUUGGCUGUAUCAUUUGACGGUCGUUUCCGGUGGAGGACCUAGCGCGGGGACUCAGUACGAACAGCUGGUUCAAAGAUUGAUGGAAACUGACGGAGAUCCUAGCUGUGUCCUCUGGAGACACCCAUUGCUGCUCCACACGAAAGAAAAUAUCACUAGUCCACUGACCAGCUUGACAUCCGAAGCCUUGCAGACCGAGGCCAUCAAGCUUUUCAAGGCUUGCCAGUUGUUCAUGUCGGUGGCAGUGGAGCAAGCAGGCAUAGACUAUCAUGUGGUACUAGCGCAAAAUGCGUUACAACAAUGCUUAGACCAGCCUGAACUACAAUCUGAAUUCAUAUGCGCACUGGUAAAGCAGACAAGUCGUCACACGCAACACCGUUUGGGCGUACAGGUAAAAAAGGCCGCCAGACUUGUGUCGCUGGGUACUGCGCGCGUUCAGCUCCUCCUCUGCGCCACGCAAUCGCUGUUCACCUGCGAUACGCAAAGUCCCGCGGCAAAUGGCAGCGGUGAAAAUGCGGACGCACAAUCGACGGCCUCCACUUCUCACAGUCCUCCGCUCAUGCAGGGCCAUUCGACCUCUACGAUUCUGGACUGCAAAACUAAUCCCGCCCAGUACGUUCUUAUCCAGGGAUGGCAGCUGCUCGCACUCGCUGUUUCACUUUUCCUGCCGAGGAAUAAUCGGUUACUAUGGUACCUGAAGUUACAUCUGCAACGAAACGCAGACACCAAAACGGAAUGUGGUAAAUAUGCAGCCUACUGUGAAAGAGCGUUGGAAAGAACGCUCCAGAAUGGUGGAAGAGAAGUAAAACCAUCUAGGAUGGAGGUUCUGUCUAUACUAAUGAAGAAUCCUUACCAUCACUCCUUACCCCAUGCGAUACCAGUUCACUUCUUAAAUGGCACAUACCAGGUUGUAAGCUUCGACGGUAGUACUACGAUAGAGGAAUUUUUAAAUACUCUGAACCAGGAAAUUGGUUGUCGAGACGUGCAUCAGUCUGGUUUCACGUUGUUUAGCGAUGAUCCGAUUGAAAAGGAUCUUGAACAUUUCAUUGAUCUUCAAGCAAAACUGUGCGAUAUAAUUUCAAAAUGGGAAACUGCUUUGAGAGAAAAGGGCUCAGGAAAGUUUGAAAAUACUAGAGUGAUUCAAUUGACGUAUAAAUCAAGAUGUUAUUGGAGACAGGCAGCCAAAAUGGAAACUGACAGAGAGAGACUGCUUCUGUGUUACCAAGUUAAUCAACAGGUGGUACAAGGAAAAUUUCCAGUAAACAGAGACCUUGCAUUUGAGCUUGCAUCGUUAAUGGCACAGAUCGAUUUUGGAGAGUACAAUAAUGACAAAGCGCGAGGAAGUGGGCCAGGAAGUAAUCCCCAUCACCUCGUUCUUCAAGCCCUAGACAAAUUUUAUCCUGUACGAUACAGGACAAACAUCAAUGCCGAACAAUUGAGGGAAAUGCAAGAGAAACUGCAAGAAAAGUGGAUCGCCUUAAAAGGUCGCAGUGUAUUAGACUGUGUUCGCAUAUAUCUAACUUGCACCAGAAAGUGGCCUUUCUUUGGAGCUACACUUUAUCAAGCAAAGUUGAAACAAGCUGAACCAAUAACUGUUUGGAUAGCUGUUUCUGAGGACAGUGUAACAUUACUAGAGUUACAAACAAUGGCGGUGAUGUGUCGUUACAACUAUGCAAAUAUAGUCACGUUUGGAGGGUGUUUGGAUGAUUUUAUGCUUGUUGCUUGCCCUGACGAAGGUGCUGCAGAACAGAAGCUGCUGUUUGCACUUUCAAAGCCCAAGAUUCUGGAAAUAACUUUAUUGAUCGCCGACUACAUGAACGCCUUGGGACACGCUUUACCCGGUACUCCACAAAUGAACACGUUAACGCGCAAUGGAUCUCACAGAUCUAUCAAAUCGACUCUAAGACCUACCACUGGUUCAAGCUGUCUUCCAACACAACCGGAUAUCUUAAAGUCGACACCAGACCACCAAAGACCUUAAAAAGACUGGUGCAAAAUAAAAAGAAAGAAGCAGGGGAAUAUGUGGCUCUUGGUUUUGUGGAAGUUUAAUUCUGCCAAGGCACUAAAUUUAUAUUCAAAGGUACUACCAAGCUGUACUAUAAAAGCCGGCAUAAAAACGAUACACUGGACGAUGCGCAGUAACCUAAUGCGCUGUAGUUGAUUUUAGUUGCAUUUUUGUGUAAAUUAGAAUUGAUGCUUACGAAGAAAGUUUAUGUACAUACCUGACAGCAUUGAAACUCUGUGUAGUCCACGUUACGCGGAUUAAAACGUGGGUGACUGAAGUAAAUUGAAACGAUCUGCAACACUGCCUACAGUAAAAUUAGUAUGUCUGAAUCACAUCGAAUAGAGUUUCAUGGAAAAGCUAAGCAAUCGUGCUGAAACUUUUUGCUACCGUAUUUAUAUACCAAAUUCGAAACGUUUAGCGUAAGGUUAACUAAAGAAAAGCGACGUACCACGUACUAUGUAUAUAAUUAAUCAAAGUUAUUGGAUGUUUAGAAGUCUAGUGAGUGAUGCAGCGAUGAUACCUUUGUCUUCGAUAUAAGAGUAUGAUGACGAAAUUAUUACUUCUUGCCAAAUCGACCGCAAGCCAUGUACGAGCUGCAAUGAGAAAUUGCAGUUAUGAACAACAAUGCACACGUGAUCGUUAUUACUACUGAAAAUAAGUAUGCAAUUUUUUAAACGUUUCCUUUAAAUACAAAAUGCGUCGGACACAAUAACUGUACUGUACUUACUGUUGGAAGUUGAAAAGACAGUUUUGAUAGUUCUCUGGUGUUCUUGUCAGAAAUCGUUUUCAAUUAAUUAAUUAUGUUUUACGUGUCAGUUGUUUUAUCAUUUCAAAUCGUGCCCCAUCAAUGUUGAACAGUAAGUACAAACAGCAUUUAAGUCUCUUUUAAAGCUCAAUCGUAAAAAAACAAAAGAUUCUUUAUACGGAAAGUAACGAACAAAACUUACAUAUUAUCAUAUUAUUUUGAUAACGGCUAGUCUCAUAUUUUAUAUUUAUUUAAUAUUUAAGCAAAUAAGUUUGUUUUAUAUAAGGACACGACCAAAUAGAUAUAAUGGGAACGCGUUUUCUUUAACACUUAGUAUCGUUCCUGGAUAAUAGAUGUGCAGCGUUUUUGUACUAAUUAAAAGAUGAUCCCGUCAUAUGUAUAGAAGUUUUGUACUCGCUUGACGUGUCCUACAUAACUAGCAAAUGUCUUCCUUCUCUUUAGUACCCAGAAGUAAAUAAAAGUUAAGGGUAGGGCUUUCGUGCAAUACGUACAAGACUUCUAUAAUUUUGUAAUUCCUGAAAUAGGCUGAGUAUGAUUGUGCCUCUCUGAGCAGUAUAGACAAAGUUAUUCUAUGCACGGCUUUGUUUAGCGCAUUGAAGAUUUAUAUAAAAAAAAGAAAACGAUCGAACCUCAGAUCACACUGGGAGCAGUACAAAGAUAUGCAAAAACGACAUUUUGUCUUUAAUUUUUAUAAUACGCAAUGAAAAUGCUACUAUUUAGGUGCUUAGCACCUUUGUAUUAUGAAGCAGUAAAAGAAAGAGUCAUUGAUCUGUAAAUAUUACUGUAGGCUUAAGUUUCUAAGUAUAGUAGAAUGAGAAGAGGGCAGCUAAUAAAAAUUACAAUUGUCAUAGAAGUCUCCUGCGAUCGUCGAGCUGUCUAUGAAUAUUCUGCUAAGCCUACCAUCUUACAUUUCUAUUUAUUAUUUAUUCGCAUAAAACGACGCGUAAAAGGCACGAGCGGUGUAAGCAGAAAACAUUGUACUAUUGUACAGGAAAAAAAGAAAUAAACUGCUCGAAUGUGCA